AUGAGUGCCGCACUACCGUCCUUGCAGAUUCCCGUGGACUACGCUCAAAUCCAAACAACGGUCGAGGAUUUUUUACUUCAUUUCAAAAACAGCACCGCAUCGACCCUGCAAGACGAUGCUACGACGGACGUGGGCGAAGGUCCUAAAUACAUGGCAAUCCUGCAGCAAGUCGCGAAUCGGGAACUCCAAACCGUCGAGAUCGAACUCGACGACCUACUACGGUACGAAACCGAAACUCUCGUGACAUCCACAGAUCUUGUGCGAACUGUGAGCCGUAAUUGCUACCAUUUCGUCGAGCUGUUCAGUCGUGCUGUCGACAAGCUGCUGCCUCCGCCCACCAAAGAAAUUGACUACAAAGACGACGUCUUGGACGUGAUUUUAUACCAGCGUAAGCUCCGCAAUGACAGAUUAUUGUCAGACCGUCGUACUGAACUGGCUGCAGAGGCACCUGGCGAGUUUCAAGAUGAAACCCUUAUGCGGGAAAUCGCAGAACAGGAGUCUGAUUUAUUCCCUGCAAAGCUCAUAAGACGCUACAACUUAUAUUUCAAACCUCUUACCGGUGCACAGGGACACAAAUGGCAACCUCCGCUCCCGGUCCGUGAAAUCAAAGGUGACUGUUUGGGCCAGCUUAUCACCGCGCGUGGUAUUGUCACCAGAGUCUCGGACGUCAAGCCUUCUGUGCUGGUCAACGCUUAUACAUGCGACCAAUGCGGCUAUGAAGUAUUUCAGGAAGUGAACUCACGUACGUUCACUCCGCUCGUAGACUGCACUUCCGAACAAUGCUCCCAGAAUCAAACUAAGGGCCAGCUUUUCAUGAGCACAAGAGCGUCCAAGUUUAGUGCUUUCCAAGAGUGUAAGAUACAAGAAAUGUCUGAACAAGUUCCUAUAGGCCACAUUCCACGAAGCCUCACUAUACAUGUCAACGGUGCACUGGUUCGAAGUUUAAGCCCCGGGGAUGUGGUAGAUGUGACCGGAAUUUACAUGCCUUCCCCAUUCACAGGUUUUAAAGCUUUGAAAGCUGGUCUUUUGACAGAAACUUAUUUGGAAGCCCAAUACGUCUUCCAGCAUAAAAAAAAAUUCGCGUCCUUUGAAAUAACACCUGCUACUGAAUCCCGGGUCAUGGCUAUUGCAUCCCAAGGUGAUGUUUACAACAGACUUGCGCAGUCUAUCGCGCCCGAAAUUUACGGUAAUCUAGACGUGAAAAAAGCGCUGUUGUUGCUCCUUGUCGGUGGUGUGGACAAAAAAGUUGGCGACGGAAUGAAAAUUAGAGGAGAUAUUAACGUUUGUCUGAUGGGUGACCCCGGUGUUGCCAAGUCUCAAUUACUGAAAUCUAUCUGCAAAAUUUCUCCCAGAGGUGUCUACACAACUGGUAAAGGUUCCUCAGGUGUUGGUCUGACAGCCGCGGUUAUGAAGGAUCCAGUAACGGAUGAAAUGGUUUUAGAAGGUGGUGCCCUAGUCUUGUCCGAUAACGGCAUAUGCUGCAUCGACGAAUUCGACAAAAUGGAUGAAAGCGAUAGAACAGCUAUUCAUGAAGUUAUGGAACAGCAAACCAUUUCCAUCUCUAAGGCAGGUAUUAACACAACUUUGAACGCCCGUACAUCUAUUUUAGCUGCCGCUAAUCCCCUCUACGGCAGAUACAACCCAAGAUUAUCACCGCUGGAAAAUAUCAAUUUCCCGGCAGCUCUUCUGACCAGAUUCGACAUCUUAUUCUUGUUGCUGGAUCUGCCUAAUCGUGAAGACGAUGAAAAACUCGCAGAGCAUGUAGCUUACGUUCACAUGCACAAUAAACAGCCUGAUCUUGGGUUUGUUCCACUGGAACAAAGUGAAAUGCGCGAGUUCAUUGCUUAUGCUAAAACGAAGAGGCCUACAAUGAGCCGUGAGGUCAAUGAAUACGUGAUUCAAUCGUACAUUAGAAUGAGACAGGACUCUAAGAAGGCUAUGGACUCCAGAUUUUCCUUUGGACAAGCCACACCAAGAACUCUUUUGGCUAUCAUCAGAUUAUCACAAGCUUUGGCGAAGCUCCGGUUUAGUGACACUGUAGAAUUAGAUGACAUCGAAGAAGCUCUUAGACUCAUUCAAGUGUCAAAAGAAUCACUGUACCAGGACAGUCGCAAAAGUGCGGAGGAGGAAAAUCCAACUACGAAGAUUUUCACAAUUAUCAAGAAUUUGGCAAGAGAUGGGUCUCAGCUGCAACAGAGCUUACCUUUCAGUUUGAUAGUGAAGGCGGCAAGAUCGCGGGGAUUCACGAUGCUUCAGCUCAACAAUUGUAUCGAAGAAUACGCCUACCUUGGUAUCUGGAAUCUGGUCAAUGAAGGAGCCACUCUACACUUCUUGAACCAAGGUGUUGAAAGCUCCAAUGAUAAUGGUCCACAUGAAGCCGCCCCAUCCGCAUCUUUUCCUCCAAGUGACGAUGCAGUGAUGAGCGAUGCUUGA